CUUGCUUCUGACACAACUAGCAAAUACACAGACACCAUGGUGCAUCUGACUGCUGAGGAGAGGGCUGCUGUCUAUGCCCUGUGGGGCAAGGUGAAUGUGCAGGAAGUUGGUGGUGAGGCCCUGGGCAGGCUGCUGGUUGUCUACCCCUGGACUCAGAGGUUCUUUGAGUCCUUUGGGGACCUGUCUAGUGCUGAUGCUGUUAUGAACAACCCUAAGGUGAAGGCCCAUGGCAAGAAGGUGCUAAAUGCCUUUAGUGAGGGCCUGAAGCAUCUCGACAACCUCAAGGGCACCUUUGCUGCGCUGAGUGAGCUGCACUGUGACAAGCUGCACGUGGAUCCUGAGAACUUCAGGCUCCUGGGCAAUGUGCUGGUGGUUGUUCUGGCUCGCCACUUUGGCAGGGAAUUCACCCCGGAGCUGCAGGCUGCCUAUCAGAAGGUGGUGGCUGGUGUGGCUAAUGCCCUGGCCCACAGAUACCACUGA